GGCAGGUACCCCGCAAUUUGUGGCUUGUUAUCGAGUAAUGUGGCUUAGCCGAUAGAUGCAUCGAUAGAUGCUUAUGCACAUUGGUACACAGUAAAUGCCUAUUCAGCGCAUCGAUAAAGGCUUAAAUUGUUUGAGCCGAAUCAUCUGGGACCUUGAUCAAGCCAAUGCAACCGCGAGCAAAUGGACAAAUGAGCGAGCGUGACUUCACGUUUCCGAUCAGACGCUUUACCUGACUAGUACAACGUAUGCCUCUCGGCGAUCGCUGGGCCGAUCCUGGCACGCUGUCACGUCCACGUACAUCCUCUAACGGAGCCACUACUCCGUCUCCCACGGCUGGGCAUGGCAAUUUAUCCGCAAUCUGAACGUGGCUUCUCUUCUGAGGGCGGACGUGGGUUCAGACUCUCUGCCACGAUGCGAACGAUAAUGAACACACAUGCGCGCUUGAAGGUAUUCCCGCGAAUUCCAACAGCCGAGACGGCCUGUGGGAUUCUCUCGAAACAUGGGCCGCAUCCAAUUGCAGGCCGUCCCGCGAUUGACAAUGGCCCGGCAACGGAACGUUCUCCUGGCGGUCUGCCUCAUCAGCCUGGCGACGCUGUGGGGCUGCCGCCUGCCACGCAUAUGUCUCUUUGACCAGUGCAACGCCGACAUCACGCGCGGGCCGCUAGCGCACCGGGCCCUCGACCUCUCGGACCCGGACGCGCCCUUUGUCGGCUGGCCGCUGGCGCGAGUUUGCGCCGAGACGACCACGUGGACGCCGGGGCUCGUAUUUAUCUGCGACAACAACUCGGGCGGCAUUGGCAACAUCCGCAACUUCAUCCUCACGUGUCUGCGGUACGCCAUCGAGGCCGGUGCCACAGGCCUGGUCAUGCCCCAGAUCCGGACGCGGUCGGUCGACAACCUGGCCGAUCUGAUGAUGGCUUACAAGGAGUUUGAUUACUUCUUUGACGGGCAUCAUUUCCGGACCGGCCUCGCAACCCACUGCCCACAGAUGACCAUCUUCAACCAAACCUGGGACAUACCCAAUCUCAGACAACGUUUUCAGCCAGAGAUGAUCACCCCGAGAGACUUUGGUCUCAGGGGCGGCUGCGACCAGAGAGACCUUAAUCGCCAUGCCGACCUCUUCGGCUCUGGCUUCCAUGCAUGGCUCCGGGAGACUGCCGCGGAGCGUAAAUGGCCCGCCACCAGCCAGGCUCACCCCCGAGUCAUCCGUCUCAACUGGGGGGUUCAGUGGGAUUGGCCAGUCUACAACGACGGGCCCGAGUUUGUAGCCACGUAUGGAGGCCUCCUGAGAUUCCGCGAGGACAUUCUCGAGCUCGGAAAGGCAGUCAGCGAUGCGAUGCGUCGGUUCGCUGCCGAGACUACCAAGGAAGGUGGCGGCGCUGGGUUCGCCGGGUUCCACCUAAGAACCGAGAAGGACGCGCUCAAGGGGUGGCCCAAUUUCGACGACCAGACUACGGCAUAUCUCCGCGAAGCAUCCCAUCGCGGUUUCGGGGCGGGAUAUCUUGCGACCGGGGACGAGACGGAGGCGGCCAAGUUCGUGGGGGAAGCAAAAUUCCGACACCAAAUGCGGGUCGCCACCAAGAACGACCUUCUCCAGACGCAUCCCGAUGACAUGCAGGCUCUACAAGCUCUCAGCUGGGACCAGCAGGCCAUAGUUGACUACCUGGUUCUCCUCUGGAGCGACUACUUCGUGGGCGUGAGUCCCAGCUCGUUCAGCAUGACCGUCGCUCUCAAGCGGCACCUGCAGAUGGACGGCCUGUAUACGCGGCCGUGGAAGAUUGGGCGGGAGGGCGAUGGGAGGAGUUGGUUGGUUGGCAAGUUCGACCAUUAUUGGGAUGACUGGCUGUUUAUGUACGAGUCAUUAUGGCCGUGAGGAGGAGAAGCUGCGUCGUUUGGGCGUCGACUCUUUUGGACACAGGCAUCUUUGCCGCGUAGUUCGGGCCCCGAGGAAGCGUGCUCGGUGAUGGGGGCAUAUGGAUUUGUUUCAAUUCAUCAGAAAAGUUGCGAGACUUCAGCACCACGGAGAGGUGUUGUUGGCCUGAAGGCUUGACCGCAACUAUGCCCUUGAGUGAGCCUCGAGAAAGUCCACCUUCGGUCCGGGUUAAGUGGGUAUUCUACCGGUGCUUGUCCUCGGUCUUCUCAAGGGUCUGGUAACCCGCGGCACCGGGAGUUGGCUGUAUAUAGGGGACUUGACAGACGACGAGCGGCAUUGCUCGGUAAUACUACUGUUUGCAGAG